AUGAACCCGGGCGAGACGGAGCCGCGGACCGGGCCCAUUGCGCGGCCACCUCUCCCCACAGAGCCGCCACAGCCUCCAGAGAGCGCGGGCGCAUCAGAGCUGCAAGGCCAUUGGCUGCCGCCGCCGUCCAUCAAAGCGCAGUGGCCAAUAGCAACGCAAGGCUCUGCGGGGCUAACGGCGGGUGCGCUCGGCCCCGCCUGGGCCAAUCGCGUGGGAGAAGGUGGGCGGCGCCCCCGCCGCGCCGCGAAGAAGGGGGGGCCAAGAUGGCGGCGAUGGGGGGGCCCGGUUUACACGGCGCUGCCCGUUCCUCGUCCCCGGGCGCUCUCCGCGCUGCCCCCUCCUCGGCGAGGGAUCGCGGGCCGCUCUCGCCGCACGGAGACGGAGCAGGGACGCGGGAGAGGCCCGCAAGCUGCGGCGCACCGGCCUCCCCCAGCUCCUUCCCGCCCGCCCGGUCACCUUCCCGCGACCCCGGCGCGGAGCCGGCGGCGGGAGGGGAGGGCACAAGAUGUCGGCUCCGUCCGCUCCGGCUACUGCCGCCUCCUCAGCGCCGCCUCCUCAUUGCCGCUGCCGCCGCUGCUCCCGCCGCUGCUCCCGCCGCUGCCGCUCCGGCCCCGGUGCCGCUUCGCCCCCCACCACCCUCACCUCCCCCCCGCUCCCCCCCGGGGCUCCAGCGCCCCCGACGCUCUCGGUGCUGUGGAGGCGGGGGGGGAGCAGGGGACACACGCUCAAGAUGGAGGCGGCGGUGGCGGCGCGGGCCGGCCGAGCGGCGGGGAGAGGCGGCAGCCAGCGGCACCGCCCGCCCCUCCCCGGUGCCUUCCCACACCCGGCCGCGCCGAGCGGGAGGCCCCCGGGGGCUGCUGCUGGCGGGAGGGCGGGGGGUCCCUCCGCGCUGCCCUCAUGGCUGAGGCGGGGGUCGCUACUGCCCGUGUCCCCCCUCCGUGGCUGACGAGGCAGCACCGGGGAGCCGCGGCCUCCCGGCGGCCGGAGCGCGCCGCCCCUGCGCCGUGCCUGCCCCCGCAUCAUCGCGGGUUGGGGUUUGGGAGCUCGGGUACAGCCGUGCGGGCCCAGCCCAGGCCGGAGGCGUGGGGUCCCAGGAAAUACCCUGAAGCGUGGUCGGAGUCCAACCGGCUACACUCCCAGAGAACCUUGGCCUGCCGCAGUUAG